UCACACUCACACACUCACUCUCACACAAACACUCUCACACUCACUACUCACACACACUCUCACACUCACACUCACACACACACUCACACACUCACACACUCUCUCACACACUGA